UAUUGCACAAAAUGUCUGUGCACAGUCCUGCUUCGAAGCAGGAAACAGGUAAAGAGGGAGUCACCAACCUUUGAAACUUUCUUUACAACUUUCAAAGAGCCUCCUUCCAUCAUUCUGUUGAAUUCUCCACCCCUUCCUGCAUUAGCUUUAAAAACACGGGACUCCAAGUUAUGUUCAGCAGUUUGUUUAGAGAUCAUCUCUGUGCUGCCUACCAGUCUGAUAUCAUCUGCCCAGAGUUCACCUUGUCACGCUGUCAACAUGGGAAUAGUUCUAGGAAUUGUGGCUGAAGUAGCUGCAUCGGCGGUGGCGGCAGCCGCAGAAGCUGCUGCAACUGCAGCGGCGGAGGCUGUGGCCGAGGCAGCAGCUGAGGCUGCAGUUGAAGCUGCAGCGGAGGCAGCAGCAGAGGAAGCAGCAGAGGCUGCAGCAGCUGCAGCAGAGGCUGCAGCAGAGGCAGCCACUGAAGGUGGAGCUGCAACCAUGGUUCAGGUUUUGCAGUGGGUCGCCAAAUUUUUCAAAAUAAUUAAAGAGUUCUUGGCUAUUGAUGCUGUCUUCAAGGCUGCAAAAGAAGUCAUAAAAAGCUUCAUUGAUGCACCUGGUGCUCGUGAAAAAUGGAACAAAAUGGAGAAGUCUCUUCAUGUGUUCACCAAGCUAGCAUCCAAGAUGGAAGAAUUUAGCAAAUGGCUGAAGGAACAUCAGAACGACACUGUGAAGCUUCAAGGAAUUGAUGUCCCUUUGGAAUCAGGCAUUCUAAACAAGUUCAUGAAACCACUGUCAACAGCAGUGGGAAUUCUACAAAGACUGUCUGCAGAUGUUUCCAAAAUGAAUGUGAAAAACCAGAUGAUGACAGAUGCACAGAUAACAACUUUACAAAGAGGCAUCAUCCGAAUUGUAGCAACAUUUGAGUCCAUUGCCAAAUACAAGGAGGACAACGGCGAAAAACUCCCUGUGUUGAAGUCACUUCCAAUCACCAUGGAUGAAGUGAAGGAAUGGAAGGAUGACAUUGGUUGUCAAGAGGGUACUGUUUUGUCACUUUUGCAGCUUCAUACAUACAUAUAAGGGAAGCUCUGUUUAGGGAAGCAACAAUGCAUCUCAGACUUUACAUCAAACAUGAUUUGCCUAAUGUCAUCUAUGUGUGGUCUACAGAACAGAAGUGAUCUGUUGGUAAUCAUGAAUAAUGCAUUGUGUGUCCUGUUGUUUCAUCUACGGAGAACUGUUCAUAAUAUAAACAGAAAUUUACAGAUUACAAUUUUUUAAAAGGUACUGUUUCUAAAAUAUUAGUGCUGUGAAUACAGAUAAAAUUCUCUUGGUAAGCAGGUAGAAUUUGAUUUUCCACUAUUGCAUUUUCCUACUGUUACUGAUUUAAUGAUUUUUGCUAUUGAAAUCGCAGGUUUAGUUACCUUUUCGGACAUGACAGAGAAGUGGAAGAGAGCAUUUGUUGUGAUGUGAAAAAAAUGUUUAAAAAAAAAAAAAAAAAAAAGCAGAUAAAUACAUCUUAAUCCACUUCAAUAAUGUCAGUCCUCAAUUGUUUGGCAGUGCACUAUACAUGGAAACUCUUUCUGCAGUAUUUUACUGCACCGUGCUUGUGAAAUUGAUUAAUUUUUUUGCACAAUAAAAUCAUUUUUCCAUUUA